AUGGCAUCUUUGAUGUUGAUGUAUUUCAUAAAUCAUUUAUCUACAGAUUUUCUCCACAUCCUGUCUUUUGUGCCAAGAGAAGUUAAUUUCAUAGAGCAUACUAGUAACAUUAGCUGGAAGGAAUAUCAGAUGACUAUGGAAAUUGUUAUUGAUCCUCGCCUUUAUCUUGCAUCAAAAGGAAAAAUGUUCACGGGGAAUAAAAAACGCCCACAGCCCAAUGCUUUCAGAUUUUUCACUGGCUCUUCUCAUGUGAUUUUAAGUCGGAAGCUUGUAGAGUUCUCCAUUCUGGGAUGGGACAACUUUCCAAGAACCCUCCUCUUGUACUUCUCCAACACCAGAUUCUCACAUAGAGGAUAUUUUCAGACUCUUGCCUGCAAUUCCAAGGGUUUCUCCAACACAGUCAUCAACUCCAACUUGCGGUGUAUUGAAUGGGAUGACCCUGGUGUAAGAGAGCCUCUAUAUCUGAAAUCUUCUUAUUUGAAGAGCAUGCAAGCAAGUGGUGCUGCUUUUGCUGGAAAAUUCGCAGCAAAUGAUCCAGCUCUGGACGUGAUUGACUCGCUAGUACUUCACAGGGGUCGGGGUAUGAUAACACCCGGAGGGUGGUGUUUAGGUACGCCAGGAUGGGGGAGAGAUUCUUGCCAGCUGUGGGGUGACAUAAAUAUUCUUAAACCAGGUCCUGCUGCCAAGAUUUUUGAGAAGCUUCUUCUAAGAUUAAUGGCCAACAUGACUAUCGAGCCAAACAUAUGUUAUGGACAACAAUCCGAGGCGACUGCUGCUGGCUAAUUAUCCGAGGACUAGAUUUGUUCAUCACUUUGUAAUGUAAAAUUGUGCCAUUGUAAAGUGUAUAUUUCAUUUUGCUAGUAGUGCAAAUUUUUUUUUUGCAAAACAGAAAGAUUUUUGUAACCAGAAAUCAGAAUGCAAGCUGGUGUG